GUUACAUUUGGGGGCGCAUCGAGUUUGAAACAAACAUCGCCCGUGGUGGUUUUUUUUUCCGUCAAACAUGCUAUGUCGAGACAACAAAACCAAAAAACAGGGAACGCAGGUCGGUUCUCCAUAAAAAGACCUGUUUGCUUGAGAGCUAGGGAAGGGAUAUAUAUCAUGGCUCUAAUUUCACCCGCUCUCCACUUCCCAGCGCACAAUGUAUCAUGUGGCAAGUUAGCCUGUGAGUUACAUUACACAGUUAGUUACGCAGGUGGCUUCUCAAGUUGCUGGACACCAUCCUGGUCCUAUCAGUCUCAUGAGCCGCCCCAGAAUGCCCUCCCUGCCUUUGGAGAGGCACCAGGCCACAUGAGCCCAUAUCAAAAUCGGCGCUCCAAACGCACAUCUCUACUUUCAGGUCGAUAUACACCCCACAAGUGGGUAUAGCACCCAUGGCGAUUAUACUGGUUGGGACAUCAGAGCUUCUAUCUUGCAGCCAGCGGCCCUCUCAACUCUACUUUGCAUCGGCGGUGUGAUUGAGAUCGAAGUCCUCCUCGCUCAAUGCAACCGUAAGAUUCAUGCGGUCCACUUAGGUUGUUGUGGCCUCGCUCCAGGAUGUUCAUUGCUUCGGACUGCACAAACUGACAGUCCCGCCCACAUAGUACCCAGUCAAUGCUCUGGGCAAAGCACGAGAAGGCGUCCUGGAGAGAUUCAUCAUUGGACCGACGGGCGUUCACCCCUGCCUUUGGGCCCUCGCAGGCUCGUACAGAUCGCGAAAUCAAGAGCAAUUCAAGGCAAACAGCAUCAACCCGAAACAAUAUUCCAGAAAAUGUGCGGCUCAACCGGGGUACGCCGAGGAUUUUGAUCAGUAAACAUGCAAAGAAUUUGAGUACUGUGA